AUGUUUCACAAAGGCUGCAACUGCUUUGUCCACACCAUCACCAUUAAAAGAUAUAGUGUUACAGCAGUCAAAGCCGAGGAGUCACAUCACACGGCCACGCAGACUAUUGAGUAUGAUGGCAGAGGGUAUCUGCGCUGCAGGUGGUGCUUGGCAUCUGUUCCAGCAAGCCAAUGCAUCAUUGCCAGGGCUUCCGCCAUAAUUUCAGCGUUGCAUAUUAGGUCAGUGGAGGCUGUGCAUCCCGAAGAAAAGCUUCCGGAUUGUCAUUCCACCAUGCGUCCUCUGAGUGUUCCCGUCCUCACGCUUGAAAGCGCGGCCAAAGCAGAGGUCGUCGUUGGAAGAUGGUGCCUAAAGAGUGCCACAAAAACCGAACCCAAUCUGGCAAAAGGCCAUAACGAGUUUACAGGUGUGCUCUCUUGUAGUCUUCGACCGAGUAGUGCACCCAGUGGGCUUAUCGAGCCGCUGGCCAAAAAUCGCGGAAACAAAUCCUGGCCGUUUCAGUGA